UCGCAAAACAGUACUCUCAGACCCAACAGAUGGAUCCUUGGUUGUUUGAAGCAUCCCACACGGGGGAUGUCGAUCAAUUGUGCUCCUUGGUCAGAGAAAACGACCUCAUCCUCGACGUAGCAUCCCUCGUUAACGGAUACGACCAUGUGAAUUUCGUCACAGAAAUCCUCAAACUAAAGAUGGAGUUGGCCGACGAGCUGAACCAGGACGGUUUCAGCCCUCUGCACAUUGCCGCAGCGAGGGGCGAUGUGGAUAUUGUUCGGCAGCUUUUGAAAAUGAAAGUGGGCCAUCGCCUGUGCCUUGUGAGGGGGAGAGAGGAAAGGAUUCCUCUGCACUAUUCAGUUAUCAAGGGGAGGAGCGAAGUCCUGAAGGAACUGUUCUCGGCUUGUCCAGAUUCCAUCAAGGAAGUGACGGCUCGGAGGGAGAGCGCACUCCACCUUGCCGUGAAGAACAGCCGGUUUGAGGCAUUCAAGUUGCUGAUGCAGCAACUGAAGCGUUCGAACAAAGAGCAUAUCUUGAAUUGACAGGACGGCCAAGGAAACCAGAUCUUGCACCUCGCGGUGGCUAGAAAGCAAUACGAGGCAAGUGCACAAUUUCUUUUGAUCCAUUUCAUUUCGUUGCAUCAAUUCAUCUUCUCUGUUGUUCACAGAUGAAGCAAAUAGAAUUAUUAGGCUCCAUUUGUUUCACGAUUUGAAAAGUAUUUUUCUGAAAAUGAUCGGGUUGCGACUACGAUGCCAAAAUGGAGAACUGUGAUGCCGUGAUGGAGGGUCGGGGGCAAGGCGGCGAGCGAUUAUGAUGAGGCGACCGAGAGCAAGCAAAGAUCAAGAAGCAGAGACCGAGCAAGGGGGAGGAGGGGGCGACUGCUAGAGUUUUUGGGUUGCUACUUUAUGAGGUUCCUUUUUAGGUUUUAGGAAGAAGAGCGAGGGGGAGGAGGAGACAGCUACUGAGGGAAAAAACGAGAGCCUAAGGGUGAAACGAAUUUGUGAUUUUUUUUUCUUUUCAUUUUUGGAAGGAGGAUAGGAUAGAGCCUCGUAGAUAGUGAUUUCAAUUUUCAAUAAGGAAGUGACAGGCGCCAAGCGAUGGGUCGGGCAAGGGAAGAAACUAGAGGAUGAAAUAAAUGGAUGGGGCCCAUUACCCUCGCAAAAGAAAAAGUACUGAAUAAUAGAUAGAUUUAUUAAUAAAUAGGUAAGGCUAAUAAAAUAAAUAGGUGGGUUAAAAAGUCAUUUCCAAAAAUAAAAGCAUCAGAUGUUAAAUAAUAAUAAAUUUUAAUCAUCAUAGAAAAUCAUAAAUUUAUUUCAAUUAGUUGACUCUAAUUUCUCAUUAGUCAUUUGUUUCAUUGAUAACUUUUGUUAAAGUUCAAAAAUGUCUUCCCAAUUUCUUAUGAAUAAAUUGAUUAAUGUUAUUAGUAUAAAUUCAUUCUAGACUCUUUUUAUUAUUUAGUUAUAUAUAUAUAAAUAAUCGUUUAAUAUACAAUAUUUUUCAACGUGUCGAAGUUCUCUAUUUCUUGAGAAAUAACGUAUUGGAGUAUCCUGUUGUAUCGUGUCGUGUCACAUGUCACAUAUUACAUAUUUGUGUCAAUGCUAUUUAACUAAUGAUCUAUUGUGAUGAAAGCAAAUAUGAGAACCAUUUGUCCCAGGGACACUUUUCUUGCAAGAGAAGGCAGUCUCCUAGCUACUAUACUCUAGGGCAUCGAAGAAGAAAGAAACAAUUCCAUUUUUCGCAAACAGAAACCUAACCCGAAGACACUCGUCAGCUUAGCAAUAGCAGAAAAUCUUUGCUUUACUAAUCAGGCAAAAUUUAAGGAAAAAGUGCAUGUUGAUGAGUGCCUCUUACCUCAUAUCUGAAAGGGUCCCGAUAGAUGAUGCGCUUAAAAUCAACAUUGAUGAAUCUUCAUUUUUGGACACAUCGGUCGGAGCUAUCGGCUGUGUUUGCCAGAAUAAAGAUGGAGAAUUGGUGCAUGGGUUCGUGAGAUUGGUGAGAUUGAGCUCCGCCGAGCAGGGAGACAAUAGAUAUGGUCGAAACCCUAAAGUACCUCCAUGCCCGCACUGAACAGAUGUUGGAGCUGGAGUUUGACUAGCCAUCAACACACACUCACAGCCACCGUCGCCGCCCAGGUUACCGCCGUCGCCGUCGCCGAGGAAUAAGUGAAGACCCUCUAGCUUGGCGACUUGCAGUACUGGGUUGACGAUUCUUAUCUCUACGGCUACUUCUUUCACACUGGCGAGAUACUUCCUCCGAUUAAACGGUGAUCAAGAUUGGUCCGGUUGUCAUUUUCCUAGUGUGAAAUUGAAUUCAGUUUAAAUACCAUCAACUGUGCUAGUAGUCUAGCCAUUCAUUUUGACGCCCAAAGAAGUAUCGCAAAACAGUCUUCUCCGACUUAGCAGAUGGAUCCUAGGUUGUUUGAAGCAUCCCAAACAGGGAAUGUCGAUCAAUUGUACUCCUUGGUCAGAGAAAACGUCCUCAUCCUCGACGUAGCAUCCCUCGUCGAUGGAUACAACCCUCUACAUGUUGCCUCGUUGGCCGGCCACGUGAAUUUCGUCAGAGAAAUCCUCAAACUGAAGAUGGAGUUGGCCGACGAGCUGAACCAGGACGGUUUCAGCCCUCUGCACAUCGCCGCGGCAAGGGGCGAUGUGGAUAUUGUUCGGGAGCUUUUGAAAGUGGGCAGUCGCCUGUGCCUUGUGAAGGGGAGAGAGGAAAGGAUUCCUCUGCACUAUUCAGUCAUCAAGGGGAGGAGCGAAGUCCUGAAGGAACUGGUCUUGGCUUGUCCAGAUUCCAUCGAGGAAGUGACGGCUCGGAGGGAGAGCGCACUCCACCUUGCCGUGAAGAACAGCCGGUUUGAGGCACUCAAAUUGCUGGUGCAGCAGCUGAAGCUUUCGAACAAAGAGCAUAUCUUGAAUUGGCAGGACGGCCAAGGAAACCGGAUCUUGCACCUUGCGGUGGCUAGAAAGCAAUACGAGGUAGUCAAGUUCCUUCUCUCGGGCGAUGCAAUUGACAAAGAUAUGAUCGAAGUGAACGCCAGAAAUGAGGCGGGUUUAACGCCUCUAGACUCCCUAUUGCUCGUCAACAAUGAAGCGAGUGAUGUGGAAAUUGUGGAAAUCCUCACACGAUCUGGAGCCACGAGAGGAACGGGAUUGCCUUCUGGUUCUAUGGUAACUGUGGCGACUGAAGAACCACAACCCCAAACCGAUCAAUCAAAUGAAAAUGGCCGCCGAUCACGCCGAACGUGGACCGACCGUUGCCCAUGUUUCUUGAAGGUUAGUCAUGAGAGAGACGAAUGGUUCGAGGAAUUCCAGUACAAGAAAGGGAGGGACUCCCCGGGUGAUGUACGGAACGCCUUGCUCGUCAUCGCCGCUCUCAUCGCGACUGCUACCUAUCAAGCCGUGCUUCAGCCCCCAGGCGGACUUUGGCAGGCCGAUUCAGGGCCCUCGACUAACGGGACCAAUGCCACGACAAAUGGGACCGCAUCGUACAAAGCCGGCCAGUCAGUUUUGGGGACGACUAACGAGGUCGCAUUCAUGGUCUUCCUGAUCUUCAACACAACCGGAUUCUUUGCCUCCCUCCAGAUGAUCUACAUUCUCACGUGGGGAUUCCCGAUGCAGAGGGAGCUGCGAGUCGCGAUGCUCGCCCUGAUAAUGACGUACGACUUUCUGAUGCCCAAACUCGCCCCCAACGCUUUCGUCGGCAGAUUCUUCUUUGGUCUCUCGAUAGCUGUGCCUUUCAUGUUGGGGAUCCUCGGUGUGUGGCCAUUAAAAUGUACUAGGCGGCCCCGACACGCGGUUUAGCUAAGACCGAGGGAUGUCCUACGCAUGCCUACCUUGGUUUCUUGCAGCUCCAGAACUUGAGAGAGAUCGGUUCAUGGAGAACGAAGCCACCGUUGUUGCAGUGCUAAGUUUUCAGUCUAUGUUAAAGCCUGCGUUUACCCACGAGAACAUAAGGGGUUUACCAGCAGAAUUUUCUGCAUUUUCUGUAUUUGACUACUGUUAUUCAUUUCGGAUCUAGAAAAAUCACCUACGAAAA